GAGAAUUCCACGGACACGUACGUGGAUUGCUUCUGUCUCCCAGACAUGGCGCACUUCGCCUCCGCCGUCCUCCUCGCCGCUGCCCUGCUCAUGGCAGGACGGCUGACGCAUGCGGAGCCAUCGACGACGGCCGAGGAGGUGUUCUGGCGCGCAGUCCUGCCGGGCUCCGCCGUGCCGGACGCCGUCCUCCAGCUCCUACGCCAAGCGAGCCAAGGGAUAGCGGCCAGCGCCGGCAAGAAAAAAGACGACGACGACGACAAGCCGCUCCCGUUCAAAGGCUACUCCUUCAGCGGAUACGACGACGGGCCGACGACGACGGCGCGAGGCGGUGGGGCGGCCACGGUCACGCCAACGCCGACGCCGACGGCGAGGGCCCCGACGUCGGUGUUCUUCCACGAGGAGGCGGUGCGCGUGGGCGAGCGGCUGUCGAUCCACUUCCGGGCCGCGGCGCCAGCCGCGCUGGGUCUCCUGCCGCGCGGCGUCGCGGACUCCAUCCCGUUCACGACGGCGGCGCUUCCGGCCGUCCUCGCGCUCCUGGGCGUCCCACCGGGCUCGUCCAGGGCCGCCGCCAUGGCGGAGACGCUGCGCACCUGCGAGCGGACCCUGCCCGCCGGGGACACCGAGGCCAGGUUCUGCGCCACGUCGCUGGAGGCCCUGGUGGAGCGCGCGGUGGCGGCGCUGGGCACGCGCGACGUCCGGGCGGUCACCUCAGCGCUGCCCCGCGCGGGUCUGCCGCCGCAGGUGUACGCCGUCCGCGCCGUGCGGCGCGUCGUCGUCGGUGGCGACGGCGGCGGCGGCGCCAGCAGCUUCGUGGCGUGCCACGACGAGGCGUACCCGUACACCGUGUACCUAUGCCACGGCACGGGGCCGGCCAGGGCGUACCUCGUGGAGAUGGAGGGCACCCGCGGCGGCGGCGCCGUCACCGUGGCCUUCAUCUGCCACACCGACACGUCCCGGUGGAACCCGGAGCACGUGUCGUUCAAGGUCCUCGGCACCAAGCCCGGCGGCGCGCCCGUCUGCCACCUGAUGCCGUACGGCCACAUCAUCUGGGCCAAGAACGUGAAGCCCUCGCCGGCGUGAGGAGCCAUUAGUAUUCAUUCCGCUGGAGAAUGAAGAUGAAGUAUUCUGUGUUGUGUUGUGUCCAGGGCUUGAUUGACCGUCUGAUCUGCUCUUGUUUGUGCGCGUCCAGUCCUGUGGUGUGCUGUGCCUGGUCACUAGACCAGCGUGAGCGUCUGCAAUAAAAUAAAAUGGGCUGCUUUUGUGCACUUGUGCUACGUACUUGAACAUACUACUCUAUUGUGAAAUCAUGCAAACUUUCAUGCAUUUU